AUACGCACCGUGUCAGCCAAUUUGCAGCUCCGAACCGGCGAGAUCCGCUCUCGCCCACGGCCAUUCGCAUGAAUCAUCCCCCGUUGUCAUCGGUUGCCACAAUUGGCGCAACCGUGACGAGAGCUCGGCUUCGACCCACGGGCUGAUCGGCAAACGAGACCGUCAAUUCCGGAGGAUUUUUUCCUUUGGAUUCGGUCUGGUUGGUGCAGGGUCUCUGCCAAGAUGCCCGUCAGAGGGGCCACUGAUAAGGAAGGAAAUGGAAAUUUUCGCUGCGGUCGCGUGGGCGAAAAAAAAAAAAUAAAAUAAAAAGCUCGGCUUGGAGGCGUCUCUCUUUCUUGUUUCUCUUUUUCUCUUUUGUGUUGAGUCUUUGUUUGUCUCUCUUCCCUUUCAGGGCUUGAUUGCCUCAAUCCCAUUGUGGUUCCUCUUCCACUGCUCUUCUUAGACUACGUGCUUAUCAUGGGCUUCUCGGACUGGGUGCAUCGCACCAAUUACGCGGUGGCAAGGUCCCCCGUGGGACGAUGGUUUCGUCUGGAGAAUUCGGGUCAUCCCAACGAGCGCAAAGGCAGCUUCUUCUUCACCGAGAUCCGCGCCGGCCUGGCCACCUUCUUCGCCAUGGCCUACAUCAUCAGCGUCAACGCCACCAUCACCUCCGACACGGGCGGCACCUGCGUCUGUCCCCCCGAGAGUCAAGCCGACAACUGCGACACGAACACCGACUACCUGCUCUGCGUGCAGGAAGUCAACCGCGACAUCGUCACCGCCACCGCCGCCAUCGCCGCCCUGGGAACGUUCUUUAUGGGGUUCCUGGCUAAUCUGCCCGUUGCCCUGGCGCCCGGGAUGGGUCUGAACGCCUACUUCGCCUACACCGUGGUGGGGCAUCAUGGAUCCGGCAUGAUCCCCUAUCGCGUGGCCGUCACCGCCGUCUUUGUGGAGGGGUUCGUCUUCUUAGCUCUCACACUGCUGGGGAUUCGUCAGUGGCUGGCCCGCGCCCUACCGGCGUCCAUCAAAUUGGCCACCGGCACGGGUAUUGGGUUAUACCUCACGUUGAUCGGAUUGAGCUACAGUGCGGGAAUCGGGUUGAUCACCGGCGCCACCGAUUCGCCCGUCGAGUUGGCCGGAUGCUCGCAGAGUCUGCUGAACGACGCGGGCAUGUGUGAGGCCAGCGAUAAAAUGCGCAGUCCCACCAUGUGGAUUGGCAUCUUCUGCGGCGGUGUCUUGACGGCCCUGUUGAUGAUUUAUCGCGUCAAGGGUGCCGUCAUCAUGGGCAUUUUGCUCGUCUCGAUCAUCUCCUGGCCCCGUCCUACCUCCGUCACUUAUUUCCCUCACACGGACAUCGGAGACAGCAAGUUUGAUUUCUUCAAGAAGGUGGUCACCUUCCAUCCCAUCACGCAUACGCUCGUCGCGCAGGAGUGGAAUAUCGCGGGACACGGGUCGCAGUUUGGAUUGGCGUUUAUCACGUUCUUGUAUGUCGAUAUUCUGGACACCACGGGUACGCUGUACUCGAUGGCUCGGUUCGCCGGAGCCAUUGACGAGCGCACGCAAGAUUUCGAGGGCAGUGCCAUGGCCUACAUGGUCGACGCGAUCUGCGUCUCGAUCGGCUCCCUCUUCGGCACUCCCCCCGUCACGGCCUUCGUCGAGAGCGGCGCCGGCAUCUCCGAAGGCGGACGCACGGGUCUCACCUCGUGCGUGACGGGCCUCUGCUUCUUCAUCGCCGUCUUCUUCGCGCCCAUCUUCGCGUCCAUCCCGCCGUGGGCCACCGGUUGCACGCUCGUGCUCGUCGGCGCGCUGAUGUGCAAGGCGGCGGCGGACAUCAACUGGCGGUACUACGGCGACGCCAUCCCGGCGUUCCUGACGAUCGCCAUCAUGCCGUUCACGUACAGUAUCGCGUACGGCCUCAUUGCCGGCAUCCUCAGCUACAUCACGCUGAACGUCAUCACGUGGCUGAUCGAGAAGGGCACGUUCGGGCGCGUCGUGCCGCCCAACAAGGACGAGAAGGACCCCUGGACCUGGAAGGUGCCCGGCGGGUUCUUCCCGCCGUGGCUGCGGCGGGUGUUCCGCGGCAAGAAGGACUUCUGGCGACCGGACGAUAACGAGUCGGUGGACCUGGGCGUCGGACCGGACGGGUCGGUGUCGUCGCAGGAUCGAUACGCCGAGAAGUCGGAGGGGAAGGUUCCUGCGUGA